CUGCAGUACCAGGAGCCAGAGGACCACCAGGACCUGUUGGACCUCCAGGGCUUCCAGGUUCUGCUGGGCCUCCAGGUUUUGUUGGAAGACCAGGCCUUCGAGGACCCAUUGGACCAAAGGGGGACAUGGGUCCUACAGGAGAGAUUGGUCUUCCGGGCCCUCCUGGUCCACCAGGUCCUCCAGGGCCAGGUUCCUCUCCUGUGCAAAUCAGGGGUGAUGUUUUCCACGUCAACCAUCAAGAAGAGGACCCUGCCUCUCAGAUCGUGGUUGGUCCUCCCGGUCCAGCUGGUCCUGUUGGUCCUUCAGGUGUCCCGGGAGAAAGAGGACUUUCAGGAGCACCAGGUCUGCCAGGACAGGAUGGCAAGGAAGGUCUCCCAGGCAGGCCUGGCAUUCCUGGGCCCAAGGGAGAUCCAGGGGAAAGGUUAUCCUUCCAUGUCAUUUCUCUGGCAGGGCACCCCAGGUGGGACGGGUGAGCAGGGCUUUCCUGGAGCACCAGGGGCCAAAGGAGAGCCCGGAGUGGGCUUGAGUGAGGGUGAAGCGGUGCAGCAGCUCAGGGAGGCCCUGAAGAUCCUGGCCGAGAGGGUCCUGAUCCUGGAGCACAUGAUCGGCAUUCACGAGAACACGGAGGGAUCUGGGUUUGGCGGCAUUGCAGAUCCGCUGUCCUUCUCCGGCCUGAAGACUAAACGGCGUCAGCCUGUGCAAACCCUUCCUCAGGCUCCGGAGCUGAGGGAUAGACAAAGACGGGUGCCUGUGUAA